AUGUUCUCGGGAACGCCAGGGGAUCUUGCUGGUGUUGGGGCCGAAGUCAUUCUUCUGGCCUUCUACGGUUCCUUGUAUGAUUUGAUCCGCGCGGAGGCCGACUGGCUUCGCACCACAUUUCCAGACCUUCAUCAGGAGCUCGUACCGCCUUUGAUCUGGAACGCUGUCAGUAAUCUGAAGAACCCCCUUCCCGUAUCCAAUGUUUUCGUUUCUUCCUCAGCACCUGAUUCUCUGGAAACUGUGAAGUCUAUCGCAAACCGCCUUUUCGAUGUGGCGCAUGCAUCUGUGACAGGUUCUGCAAGGAUCACCCGGUUAUUUGUGCCGGACGAUCUUUCCGAGAAGUUGCAAGAUCUUGUGCCUGAGAAGGAUGUGGUGCUUACCGACUCUAUAAUCAAAGCUGUGUCAGAACUGCUGAGCCCGUUCCGCUCGUUUUGGAAGAGUACGAGUCAAGUGGCAAUUCGAGAGGCCCGCACUUCUGUGUCGGCAAUUGAACUCCCAAGCACGAGGGGUAGUACCUCUGCACAAACUGCGCCGAUGUCGCACCCCUCUAGCCCCCCAUCGUCGCGACGCUUCAGACCCACUUUUUCGGAAGUAGCCAAAGACAUUGAGGCUUGCACAGCAGGAGUACUAUCAGCUCUGGAUGUUCUCCUCACUAGACUAAACCGGCAAACGUGUGGUGCUGGAAUCGGUCCGAUGAAGCAAGCUUCGAACACAAUCGCAUCUGUUUUGUCGGACCGCUUGCUGAAGGUAUUGCGCUUGCCAGCGCCCCCGACAGGCACAGGUGAGGACGAAUGGACCGAAGUCGGCGGAGCACUGCGACUUUUGAUAGCCUCAAGUUCUCUAAAAAGAUCGUGGGAGUCACGCAAAGAAUCCCUGUACGCAGUCGCCGUCGGUACUGCAACCCCAGUUCUCGAAGUCGCAACUGCCUUGAAAGGAAACCUUUUCGAAAGAAUCAAGCAGUUUAUAUCCCAAUCAGAGAGCGAGAACCCUAUCGAAGCUGCUGUUGUUUGGGAACUAGUUCGCGACGAAAAGCUCACAGCCAAGAUAGUGACAGAUUUUGAAUCCCUCGAUUCAGCCCAAGACUACGAUCAGUUGCUCAGUGUGGUGCAUCGAGUUGUCUAUGAAACCAUGUUCGAUGGUGUGAAGGCUAGGUUUGCAUCUUUCAAUACCAGUGAGUUGUGGAACAGCGCAACGUCAGAUGGAGAAGUUUCAAUGCUUGGAUUUUCGAGUUCGCCUCUAGGAUAUGCGACGGAAGUUGCUGAUUAUUUGAUGACGAUUCCCCAACAGCUAGAACCGUUUGUGCCUGAUGAGGAGGACGCCAAGUAUGCGACGCCGCGAUCUCCGUAUGUGUUUAGCGCUAACAGCCCAGGGUCACAACAGACUUCUAGGAGAGGAAGAAUUGGACGACCUAGAGAGUCCACGUCUGGCGAGGUCGGUGGUCAGGAAGCUGGAGAAGAACUGUCAGGUGAGGAGGGCAUAACCAACAUGUCAUUCGCCGGAGUAUGGAUCAGUGUGUUAGCGAUUAGUGCUAUGGAGCUUUACGUGGAGAAAAUUUGUUCUAUUCAGAAAGUGAACGAAGCUGGCGCGAAACAGCUGGCCACAGAUGCAGACUACAUCUGCAACGUCAUCGCCUCUCUGGGGGUCGCCCCGACACCUGAGAUGGCUCUAGCUCUGCGAUUAAUUGAAUGCAACGCAGAUACUGCAUCUGUCAAGGAAAUCGCGUCAGAGUUUGUCUCUGUAGAGCAUCGGAAGCUCAUCAGGAGAAUCGCUGCUCUCAGGGGCAUCAAUGUCACGAUAUGA